UAAUUCCUAAGUUUUAUUUCUUGACAAAUUUCUUCUCUUUUUUCCUAAGAAAAGAACAAGAUAUGGAUCAUGGGGUCGAAGAUGUUGGCUCUGCUGCUCAAGUUAUAGAUCUUGGCGAGGAAACCAAGAACCUCGAGGGACAUACCUGCGACAAUUGUGGGGAUAUUGGUGAUCACUGGACAACAGACUGUCGUUCUGGAAUAUAUGGCAGGCAAAAAAAGUAUGACCGAAACUCUAUCCGUUUUAGAAACCUCCCCACAGAUACCCUCGACAAAGACUUGAAAUGGCUGUGCCUUACUUAUGGCCCAGUCGUUCGUGUUGCUGGUCCUGAAAUUAAGGAGAUGGGAGACCGGGCCGUGGUAGCCUUUGAGAACAGGAAAGAUGCAAAAAUGGCAAUUGAGAAGCUCAAUGGUUCCACUUAUAAAGGUCGCGUUAUCACAGUCGAGUGGUCUUCUGCACCAGGCCUCCAGAAAAAUUCAUGCAAGCAUUGUUCCAAGACUGACUCGAAUUUGAUUGCUUCUAAGACGAUGGGCAAGUAUGUCCAAACCGCUAUCCGUGUUAGAAACUGCGCAGGAGAAGCUGACAGGUCAGACAUAGCGGCGCUUUGCGGUACUAUUGGGCCAGUUUUUUGUGUUUUUUAGCCUGGAUUGUAUUAUGAGGGCAAGGGACAUCUAGGUUUGCUGGUAGCCUUAGAGGACAAGGAAGAUGCACAAAAGGCAGUUGACAAGCUUAACGGUUCUGUUUUUAAGGAUCGCGUUCUUAUAGUCGAGUGGCCUUUGACGAAAUCUUAAAACUAUCUCUCUGUUUGCUAUUUCUCGUAUGUAAUUUUCUUUUGGAAAAUUGGAAGAUAUUGUUGCUGGAAAAAGAGAGUCGAAGAAGAUGUUCUCUUUCUUUAACAAUAUCAGCAAUUUUUGUCAGGUAAUUUUUUUUUUAUUUUUUUUUGUUAAGUGUAGAUGUAACUCAUGGGUCUUCAAUGUUACAAUACAUCUCCUCGGAAUUUUCAGCAAUUUUUGUCAGGUGUCUUGGGGUUUUUGAUUGGUGGAAAAUCUACCUUCUGCAACACAUUUCAGGUCUAUCGAGGCCAAUCCAGGAUCAUUACAAUGUUUUCAGGUUCGUCGAGUCCAAUUCAAGAUCGUUACAUCACUUUCAGUAAAUUUGGGAAAUUUAGUUCAACUCAACCGAUUUGAGGGCUUUUCGAACUUUUUCCGUGUGAGAUUACUACCACCUAGUGCACUUAACUGGUCGUUGGCCAAGUUGAGGGUACUUUUUAUAUUUUAAAGUAAACGUGGUGCCUUAAAGAUAACUAAUUCAAAAAGGGAUAUUGUAU